AAACAAAACAAAACAACACGAGAGGUUUUUUUUCUCCCGAAAAGCCAAGAAACCCUAGUUUUAUUUCAUUCUGAACCUAGAACCCAUAAAUCUCAGAAAUAAGAGUGGGAGAGAGAGAGGGACUACUCUGAUUCAUCAAAAAGGGUAAAUAAUUCGAUUAGGGUUUUAAAGAUUUGGGGAUAUUUUAUCUUCUAAUGGAGAGUACUCGUAAAGAAGUUCGUAGUGAAAGCGAUGAUGAAGAUUACGCAUCUGAAGAUGAAGGAACUGAAGAUUAUAGAAGAGGUGGUUACCAUACUGUUCAAAUCGGUGAUACUUUUAAAUCUGGUCGUUAUGUGAUUCAAAGUAAACUCGGUUGGGGUCAUUUCUCUACUGUUUGGCUUGCUUGGGAUACUCUAAACUCUAGAUAUGUAGCUUUGAAAGUUCAAAAAAGUGCUCAGCAUUAUACGGAAGCAGCAAUGGAUGAGAUAAAAAUACUUAAACAGAUAGCAGAAGGUGACCCAGAUGAUAAGAAUUGUGUUGUUAAACUUUUGGAUAAUUUUAAGCAUUCUGGGCCAAAUGGGCAACAUGUUUGUAUGGUUUUUGAGUAUCUGGGUGAUAAUCUGUUGACAUUGAUUAAGUAUAGUGAUUAUAAGGGAUUGCCACUUCAUAUGGUUAAAGAAAUUUGUUAUCAUAUAUUGAUGGGUUUAGAUUAUUUGCACAGACAAUUGUCAAUUAUACAUACUGAUCUUAAGCCAGAAAAUGUAUUGUUGUUAUCCACAAUUGACCCAUCUAAGGAUCCUGUAAAAUCGGGUACUCCUCUUGUUGUUGCAAACAGUACUAAGGAUAAAUCGGUGGUUCAUCCUGUGGUAUUGAAGGAAAGUAAGAGUUCGAAUGGGGAUUUGACGAAGAAUCAGAAGAAGAAAAUGCGGAAAAAAGCUAAACGGGUAGCUAAUGGUGGUACAGGGAACGAUAUAGUAGAAGAAAUUGAACAGGACACGAGAACUGCUAAUGGGGUGGAUAUGGAUACUCCCGCUGAUGAAAUCUUGAAUGAACAUGGCAGUGAGGAUCGUGGCCAUGUUAGUUUGUCUAAUGGUGAGGAGGUGAAAGAUGGCCUAGAGAACAAGAAGGGACGUAGGAGAGGGAGUCGCUCAAUGAGGCAAAAGUUGUUGCAAUCGGCUAAUGUGAAAUGCAAGUUGGUUGACUUUGGGAACGCUUGUUGGACUUACAAGCAAUUUACAAGUGAUAUUCAAACAAGACAGUAUAGGUGUCCUGAGGUUCUUCUUGGAUCUAAAUACUCCACACCAGCAGAUUUAUGGUCCUUCGCGUGCAUUUGUUUUGAGCUAGCAACUGGGGAUGUUCUCUUUGAUCCUCACAGCGGGGACAACUUCGACAGGGAUGAGGAUCACUUGGCGCUGAUGAUGGAGCUGCUCGGAAUGAUGCCACGCAAGAUUGCUUUAGGUGGUCGGUAUUCACGGGACUUUUUCAACAGACAUGGAGACCUAAGACACAUCCGUCGAUUACGUUUCUGGCCCCUACACAAAGUUCUUGCUGAGAAAUAUGAAUUUAGCGAGCAAGAUGCAAAAGAUAUGGCUGACUUCCUUGCCCCCAUACUAGAUUUUGUCCCUGAGAAGCGGCCAACUGCAGCUCAAUUGCUUCUUCAUCCAUGGAUCUCAGCCCCUCGAGUUUCUGAACCUCCUAUUCCUGCAAUUGAAACCGAGUCGGAAAGUGUAGGUGUAGGUAAUUCUGAGAAGGCAGAGAAGGAUGAUAGGGAGGCAAUGGAGGUGGGAAUGGGAAACAUUGUCAUUGAUGGGGACCGUAAUUUGGUUAAAGAUCCCCCACCUAGUAUUAAAAACCUUCCAAAGGAUGGUGCUAUUAGUUCAUCUUGAUAAUUCUAGAACACUUUUUGUACUGCAACCUUGUCCCCUCCACGCGUGGCAUUAUUUUCAGCGGCUUGCUUUUAGUGAGGAAUGAUCGCUUCCCCUUUAAUUUCCGUGGCUGGGUGAGUGUGACCUAGGAAUUGAUAUGUGCAACUUUGGGGUAGUGUGGUUCAGAACAAUGAAGUUUUCAUGCUUGUGGAAAAGGUUUUCCCUGCCACUCUCUUACUUCCAUUUAGUAGACACUUCAAGAUCAGUCUUAGUUGUGGCACUACCAAUUUUUGUAUCUAUGAAGAGCUUCAUGUUUACACAUUUCAUGAAAAUGGAUUAACAUUAAAUUCCUUGAUUUUUAUCUCCCCGAUUUAUUAUCUUCCAUGGUUUCUGC